AUGUUCAAGUCCUUCGGCAAGAUCAUGGGCGGCUCGUCCCGCAAGGGCAAGUCCAAACUUCAAGAGGGCGACGACGCCGCCGAAGGCUCCAACGGUCUUUCCGGCUCCGACUCGUCUAACCUCCUACGCGCCAAGAGUAAGGACUCGCUCGCGCCCGAAAACGGCGCGGGUAACGGCCCUUCGGCGCCCGCCAAGAUCGAAAAGCGCGGCGGCGUGAGCCGGCACGAGUCGCCAUUGCCCUCGCCCUCGCCCUCGGCGCGCAACGUGCUCGACGGUACCGAAGAAGCCAGCGAGGUCGGCAGCCCCGCCGUGUCCAGAUCAGCCGCAGGUCGCAGCGACGCCGACGCCAGCUCGGCUGCCGGCAUCGACGGCGCGGCGCCCGCCUCGGCCACCUCGGCCACCAUCCUCUCCAAUCCACUCGCCGCCGGCGGCUUCCCCGGCUCCGUCGGCAAAGGCUCGCAAUCCGCAGGCGCCGGCGACCAGGUGCGCACUUUCGACAUUGACGACAUGAUCUCGCGUCUGCUCGAGGCGGGCUACUCGGGCAAGAUCCCCAAGCCGGCGCUCAAGAACGCCGAGAUCACCGCCGUGUGCCAGGCGGCGCGCGAGAUCUUCCUGUCGCAACCCACGCUGAUCGAGCUCAGCCCGCCCGUCAAGAUUGUGGGCGACACGCACGGCCAGUACCACGACCUGCUGCGUCUGUUUGAGAUGUGCGGGUUCCCGCCAUCGGCCAAUUACCUCUUCCUGGGCGACUACGUGGACCGCGGCAAGCAGUCGCUUGAGACGAUCCUGCUGCUGCUGUGCUACAAGAUCAAGUAUCCCGAGAACUUUUUCCUGCUGCGCGGCAACCACGAGUGUGCGAACGUGACGCGCGUCUACGGCUUCUACGACGAGUGCAAGCGCCGCGUCAACAUCAAGAUCUGGAAGACGUUUAUCGACGUGUUCAACACGCUGCCCAUUGCGGCGGUGGUGGCGUCCAAGAUCUUCUGUGUGCACGGUGGGCUGUCGCCGUCGCUGUCCAACAUGGACGACAUUCGACGCAUCGAGCGGCCUACGGAUGUGCCGGACUACGGUUUGCUCAACGAUUUGCUGUGGUCGGAUCCGUCGGACACGGCGUUGGAUUGGGAGGACAACGAGCGCGGAGUGUCGUACUGCUUUGGCAAGGCGGUGAUCCAGCAGUUCCUGGCGCAGUACGACUUCGACCUCAUCUGCCGUGCGCACAUGGUGGUCGAGGACGGCUACGAGUUCUGGAACGAGCGCACGCUCGUCACCAUUUUCAGCGCGCCCAACUACUGCGGCGAGUUUGACAACUUUGGCGCGGUCAUGUCGGUGAGCGAGGAUCUGCUGUGUGCGUUUGAGCUGCUCAAGCCGCUCGAUGGCGCGGCGCUCAAAAAGGAGAUGGCCAAGAAUAAGCGCAGAUCGCUGCUUCAGCAUCAGAGUCCGCCCGCCAGAGUCACGCAGCAGUCGUUCUAA